AUGUCAUUAACUCUCGCUUCACUUACCACCUGGGAUGCAGUUUAUAAUAAGUUCAUCGGUAAAUUCUAUUCUCAUGCCAAAACUGCAGAGUUUAGAGGUAAGAUUGCUACUUUCUCACAAAUGGAAGAUUCAAGUUUUGCAAUCAAGUGUGGUGGUGAAGAAAUGAAAGUUGAUAUUAUAGUGCGUGAGGCCGAUAGCUAUGGUCUUGGUGGAGUUUCUUGUAUUAUACUUGAUACCGAAAAAUUGGCAAUUAGUGAUGCGGAUUUCACACCAACUGUUGGUAUUGGACGAAAGAAGAAGAGUGGGUUGAUUGUUGGUAUUGCUGUAGCUCUUGGAAGUUUGGGUUUGAUACUGAUAUUUCUAAUUCUUCACAUGAGGAUAAAAAGAGAUGAUGAUGCAGAAGUGCUACUUGGAAUAGGACCUAAACUAAAAAUUUUCAGUUAUGUUGAGUUAGAGUUUGGUGUUGUUGCUUUGGAGAUUAUGAGUGGAAGAGCGAACUCUGAUACUAGCUUGGAUAGGGAAAAAAUUUAUCUUCUUGAAUGGGCCUGGAGUCUUCAUGAAAGUAACCAAAGUUUGGGGCUGAUAGAUACCAAUUUAGCAGAGUUCAGUGAAAUCAAAGCUUUACGAAUAAGUGGAGUGCCACUAAUGUCAUGUGUCGUUAACAUGCUUGCUGGAGAGAUCGAAGUGGAAACUGUUUCUUCAAAGCCAAGUUGUUUGACUGAUUGGGCUAGCUUAUUUGGAAUGUCUUUUGGAAUUUCUGGAUAUGGGAAGUAUGAGCAGUAUGUACAAUUUCGAGAAUUUGCUGCUAUACAUGGUUGUAAGGUUUGGAUAUAG